AUGUCCACCCCAUCCACUCCAACUUACAGGGAUGCCAUAGACGCACUAAACAGCCUUCAAACUAACGCUGCUAUCCUGGAGGCUGUGCGAGCUGCAGGAGCGAAGCUCAAUCCUAAUGCUAUCCCUGAAAUGAUUGAUUACAUUCGCAGGGUGGGCCUUGAACCAUCUCAGUUAAACGAUCUAAAUGUCAUUCAUAUCACGGGAACAAAAGGGAAGGGGUCUACAAGUGCAUUCACGGAUUCAAUAUUGAGGGCAGCUAGGCCAGGCUGGAAAACUGGCCUGUAUACCUCCCCCCAUCUGGUCGCUGUCCGCGAGCGUAUUCGCAUUAAUGGCGAGCCGCUUUCAGAGGAGGAAUUUACUCGUUACUUUUUCGAGGUGUGGAAUUUGCUCCAGAAAAAUACGAAGGUAUUUGGUGUUCAUACCACCCCCUUGAUGCCAAACUACUUUCGCUUCAUGACGCUCAUGGCCUUUUACACUUUCAACCAACUCAAGGUUGAUGCGGCAAUUCUCGAGGUAGGCAUUGGUGGACGUUCCGACAGUACGAAUGUUGUCCCCAAGCCAAUUGUCACAGGCGUUACCGCCCUCGGGUAUGACCACACAAGGCUUCUUGGGGAAAAGCUCAGUCAGAUUGCAAAUCAGAAGGGCGGAAUAUACAAGGAAGGGGUGCCAGCUUUGACUGUUGAACAACCUGAGGAAGGCAUGUCUGAGCUUCGUGAUUGUGCAAUAGAGCAGAGGGCAUCUCAAUUCAUAAUUGUUGACACCCUCCCUUCCACCAUCCAAUUAGGCCUUGCAGGUGCUCACCAGAGAUCGAAUGCCGCUCUUGCGGUACAAUUGGUGCACACGUUCCUCACGGCGAUUGAGCCAUUGCAAUCCCUUCCUACGUCUUUUCUGGACGGCCUCAAAAAUACUCACUGGCCUGGUCGUUGUCAGACGGUACUCGAUCCGAAGCUUGAGGGCACGAAGUGGUUCCUUGAUGGGGCACACACGAAAGAGAGCCUUGCGUGCUGUCUGGAAUGGUUUGUAAGUCCAGCAGUCGGGCUUCCUGUUUCCCCCGUCUCUGACGUGCACCCACCCCGAGUGCUUAUCUUCAAUUGCACCAGUGGACGUUCAGGAGAUGAUUUCCUGACAACCAUCUUGCAAAAGAUAGAGGAACGACUGACAACAUAUGGCAGUACGGAGAAGAAGGAAGAAUUUUUCGCCAAGGUCAUUUUUUGCAGUAAUGUGACCUAUGCCAGCGGCAACUUCAAAGGCGACCUCACCUCCGCGGCAAUGGAUACAACUGACAACCUCAAUCUCAAGACUCAGAGAGAGAUUGAAUCAGCCUGGAACAAGCUUGUCCCAGCUUAUUCUGGUACGGUGCACGUUCUACCGUCCAUUGAGGACGCUGUAGAAGAAGCACGUAAAACGUUUAACGUUAGCGUGCUCGUCACGGGCAGCUUACACCUUGUAGGUGGCGUCAUCGAGGUCGCAGGCUUGGCAGAAAGAGCCUUGAGCCCGAAAGCAUGA